AUGAUGGGUUGCGGCAGUCCCUUGGAGGUGAUAGAUGUUUCGGGUGGUCUGCCCGCGGAUUUAGGGCAGGUUUACACGAUAAAGCCGCUCGGCGUGAUUCCAGUUGUGCGCGAGGCUGGGUUGGCCUGGGUGGUGGUGGGAAUUGGCGCGGGGGACUUGUUGGCGAGCCUGAUGAAUCACGUUGAUGACGUGUACGCGCUGCUCCCGGGAACAAUGGAAUCCGUCAUGCAUUGGCUGACGGUUUGCGACUCCACUGAGCCUGGAGACCCCCCAGCGGUGUUAGCCAGUGAUGACAGCUACGGCACGGACAAGGCACUGGAGGUGAUAGCACAGGCGCACGCCGCAUGGCAGCUGUUCCUCCACAGCAACGUGCAGCCGGAGCCCUGGCGGCCGGAUCUGGACGUGUUCUCCACCAACGUGCUGCAGGCCUGCUGGCGCAAAUACACUGACGGGCAGAGCGCUUUGGUGCUCCCUGUAUCGGGUGAGCGGCGGGAUGAGAGCGUUCCUGGAGAUGCUUAUAACGGGGAUGAGAUGCUGGGGUUUGGAUCAGUGGGGUUUGGUGCGGUUGAUGGAGAUAUGGCGGAUGAGGAGGGGGUUGAGAGAGAUGCAAGGGGUUCUGGGGGUGCAGGCAAGGGUGUGGCAGCAACAGGUUCCAAAAAGACAGAAGCAAAGUCAGCAUCCGCAUUGGCAGCACGGCACCCCAGCAGCUUUGAGAGCAGUGGGGGCUACAGCAGCAGCAGUGCGCAUGGGAAGGGGACGCGAGCUUGGAGUCCUCUAGCUGUGCUGCGCUCCAAAUCCCCUGGCAGUCUGCAGAGCAACCAUGGCAAGCAGCGCGCACAGAGCGCGGCACGUGACAGCAGCAGAAAAUCCCCUCGAAGUCACCAGAGCAGUGCGGCCAGGGUGAGCAACGAGGUUCAGAGUAGGGGGUUAGGGGCGGGUACCCAGUGGGCUGCUGCUGCUGCUGCUGCAGGCCAGGUGAAGCACGGUGCAGGCAGCCAAUCGCCAGUGGGUGGUAGACCACCCAGCAGCCCGUCCCUUGUAGUGGGUGGUAGACCACCAAGCAGCUUGUCCCUGGUAGGUGGUAGACCACCCAGCAGCCCGUCCCUGGCUGGUGGUGGACCACCCAGCAGCCCAUCUCCUGUGGGUGGUAGACCACCGCUCAGCAGCAGCAGCAGCAGCAGCAGCAGCGUGUCUCCAGGAGGCCAGAGGGGGCGAGACAGCAGGUGUCCUGGAGAACGGUCAGUGGUGCCCAGGUCUCCAAGGGAAAGAAUGCUGAGGCCUAAGUCUCCAAAAGGAAUCCUGCCUGGCUUUGCCUUGGCAGCUCUUGGGGGCGGUUUGCGAGCAGGUGGUGCUGAUGGUGGUGGUGGUGCUGCUGCUGCUGCUGUUGGCGGUGGUGCUGCUGGUGUUGAUAGUGAUGGUGUUUCGGAUGCAGCUGCGUCUGAACCUGCCAACGCUGAUGCCUACAAGAAGCCGGUCUUUGCAGCGCCGAAUGUCUCCCCGGGGGCUGCAGCACCUGCACCUGCCAGACAUGGCAAGGAAAGGGUUGCAACAGCUGCCAGUGUAGAGAGGCUGCUGGCGGGGAUGCUGGAGGGGCGGAGCUCAUACCCUCCAGGCCUGGCAUGGUCCAGACAGGGGGGCGGUGUGUGCGCGGGUAUUCCCAAGGGUGAUGGGCUGCUGCGUCGGCAUCGCAGUGAGAACCUGUCUGCGCGUGGGGCGUUUCAGCAGCAGCCGGGGGAUGGUUGGAAGCAUGGGUUGGGGGAUGGUGGACGGGAUGGUGGGGGGAAUGGUGGGAGGGAUGGUGGGGGGAAUGGUGGGAGGGAUGGUGGGGGGAAUGGUGGGAGGGAUGGUGGGGGGAAUGGUGGGGGGAAUGGUGGGGGGAAUGGUGGGGGGAAUGGUGGGGGGAAUGGUGGGAGGGAUGGUGGGGGGAAUGGUGGGGGGAAUGGUGGGGGGAAUGGUGGGGGGAAUGGUGGUGAGGUGGACAGGCUGGUGGCAAGGCUGCUGGAGGCAGGAGGUGCGUGUGCGGGUGCGGCACAGGCAGGCAGUGAUGCUGAGGUGCUGCGUCGGCACGGCAGUGAGAACCUCUCAAGGUAUAGCUCUGCGUGUCCUCCUGUGCUGCUGCAGGCAGUGCCUGAAGGAGGAGGAGUAGGUACUGGCGAGGUGCCCACAGUAGCAAGAGCCGGGGCUGCUGGGACGGCGGGGGCAGUAGCAGGAGUUGGAGCAAGGGGGAAGGCAGCAGAAGCAGCAGCAGCAAUGGUAGAGUCAAGCCACUCUGGCAUGGCUUGUGAGCUCACAGCAAAGGGGAAAUUGCCGCAGAAAGGCGGGCAGCGGGGUGAUAGACUCCGCUUUCCGCAUUCCAAGUCUCUACCCCCGACUUUAACUGGAGGAAGCUGGAGUGAGGAGGAAAUCAUACAGCCUGUUUUGACUGUGAAAAGGAUUGCUGUUCCCGGAAACGCAGCCGUUUCUUUAACCGGGAGUGCUUUUCCUUCAGAUAAUGAAGAUGCUUUUGCUGCUGUGGAAGACAGACAGUUACAGAGGCAGAAAUGGAUGCAGCUGCAGCAGCAGCUCCAGCAGGGUGCCUCUACAACCCCUACAGCCCCGUCAGCAGCACAGACUGACAGGUUUCGUCGCACUCUCUCUGCUCCGCGCUCCUCCCUACCCCCACCCACCGCCUCCUCCACUCCUUUCCCUGGUCACCCAUCCAGACUCCUCCCAUGUCUGCCACUUUCCUCCCCACCCCCUCAUUCCUCCCCACCCCCUCAUUCCUCCCCACCCUCCAUGCUCAACAACCCGCAGUCCUCUUUCCCAUCUACCUCUGCCCGCCGCCGCUCCUCGUCCUUCUCGGGGUGUGAAAGCUCUGGCCUUGGCUCGCCUGACUGCUCCACCGCCACACACCCUCCUGCGUGUGAGGCAUCUGUUGCAUUUGAUGCGCCACAGGCACUUGUGGUUGAGGCGCAUGGGCAGCAACAGCCUCCCAAACACUCCACUGUUGCCGCCCAUGCUACAGCCGCCCAUGCUACAGCCUGCCAUGCAGAAAAUGAAAUUGCUGCAGCCAGGCUUGAGUCAUGGAAUGCAGUAGACAAGUCUCAAAUGCCGCUCACCCUGCCACUGCCAGAGCUGCCAGUGGGACCUGGGGAAGGUGAAGAGAGAGACGAGGGAAUGGGAGCAGUCGCCUAUAUGCAAGAGCAGGAAGAGCAAGAGCAGCAGCAGGUAGAUUUGAGGGAGUUGGAUGUGGUGGGGCUGGUGCUGAGGGGAGGUGGGGGGGGAAGGGAAGAGAUGGGUGGGUUGGAAGGGAUUCGGAGGAUGCAAGGGCUAGGCUUGGUGGGGGGGCAGCAAGGAGGAAGCUGGCAAGAGGGGGUGGAGGAGGACCAGUACCAGCAGCGGCACGACCAGCAGGAGCAGCAGCAGCAGCAGCAGGAGCGAAUGUUUGAGUGGACCUCUGACUGGACUGUGAAUCGGUCUGCUGAGCGUUCUCUUGACUGGUGCUCGCAAGGGAAGCCCCAGCAAGCUGCGCUUGGUGCUGAUAGUGUCGGUGCUGCGAGCGGUGCUGGUGGUGCUUCUGGCAUUGGUGCUGGUAGUGGUGUUGGCAGCGGCAGGGCAGCAGCAGCGACCGUACGGGAAGCAUUCAAUGGAGCGCCAUUACCUUCUGAUGUGGAGGGCGCAAGGCCACUGUAUGGCGAGAUGACUUCUGAGUCGACACAAAAGGCAGCAGCGACCAGAGGGGAAGCAUCCAGUGGAGUCUGGUCACCUUCUGGAAUCGCUUUUGCGAGCUCUCAAAAGCCAUCCAGUGGAGGCUGGUCACCCUCUGCUGUGGAGGGCGCAAGCGCACUGUAUGGGCGCACCAUGACCCUCGACAGACACAGUUUCAGGGGCUGGGGCACACGCACAGCCACAGGCGCACGCAUGGGCAUGGGUGUGGGCAUGGGCGCGAGUCAGAUGGGUGUGGGUGUGGGUGUGGGUGUGGCUGUGGGUGUGGGUGUGCGAGAGGGUGAUGAGAUGGCAGUGCCUCAGCUGGAGCGCAGGCGGACAGUGAGCAGGGUGAAGUUCAGUGAGGAUGUGGACGUGGUGAUGUAUGAAGAGGCUGACGUGGCAUCUGCUGUGCUGCGAUGCUGA